AUGAGCACCCCAGAAAACGUCUCCUUCCUAUCCCGCCGGUACAAACUGGCGGCACACUUCUACCCCCCAGCUCCCAACUCCCCCAACCGCAACGGAGCAGCCGUCGUCAUCGCCCACCCCUGGACCUCCAUUAAAGAGCAGUCACCCGCCAACUACGCCCGCAUCCUCACCCAAGCAGGCUUCACCUGUCUCGCCUAUGACGCCGCCUACCAAGGCGAAUCCGAAGGCGAACCCCGCUACCUCGAAGACCCCGCCCAACGCGUCGAGGACAUCAAAUCCGCCGUGACAUACCUCAUCAGCCGCAAAGAUGUAAACAACGACCUCAUUGGUGUGCUGGGCAUCUGCGCCUCCGGCGGCUAUGCACCAUUCGCAGCACAGACCGACCUCCGCAUCAAAGCCGUCGCGACCUCCGCAGCCGUCUGCGUCGGCACAAUGGCGCGCCGCGGCCUCGACAAGGAUACCUCCAACAUGGAGAUCCUCAAGACGCAGCUUGAGGCUGCAGCCAAGGACCGAAAUAGCGAUGUCACUGGGGAGAAGGUCCCCAUCGUGCACAUGCUCCCGGAACGCAUCGAGGAUAUGCCUGCCGACUAUCCCGAUUCAUUCCGGGAUUUGGCGGAUUACUAUCGGACCAAGAGGGCGAAUCACCCUCGUGCGCCGAAUGUGUGCCUGCCAAGGAGCUGGGACCUCAUGGCGAACUUUGAUGCGUUUGCGUUCAAUGAGAUGAUUAGUCCGCGGCCGUUGCUGAUGGUUACGGGGUCGACGGCGGCGACGAAGUGGUAUAGUGAGGAUGGGGUGGCCAAGGCCAAGGAGCCAAAGGAGCUUUUUGUGGUGGAUGGGUUGACGCAUGCGGAUCUGUAUGACAAGGUUGAAAAGCCUGGGGCUAAGAUUGUGGAGUUCUUUGGCAGGUAUCUUGUCUGA